UGGCGCGUUGUUAUGAUCUAACAUGGCGGAAUGUAGUGUUGUGGCUGCCUCAGUGUCUAUGUCAGUUUCAGAGUGAUAAUAGCUCAGGGGCAACUGAACGUACGGCGAUGCGAGCCGGCGACCGGCCAGCACGAUUAUUCGCAUAAGAUCGUCGUGUUUCCACAUCGCAGCAACGCGGCAGCCAACAUCCUCGCCACGGAUCUUCGUUCGCCGCGGCCGCGGCGACAGCAUCAUACACAGAGGUAGUGAGAAAGUGCACACACACGGAGCAACGGCCAACGUUCGCCGACGAUUGAGAAGUAUCGCACGUCGUGGGGUGGUCGCGUCAUCUUGUUUACUGUGCUCAUAUGCACCGCAAGUAGUAUCUGAUAUCGUGCGACUGGUCGUCGCGGAUCGCUACACGUGAGAGAGCGCGGGACUACGCUGCACGUACGGGAUUAUAAACACCGAGUGGGCCAAAGAUUCAGCAAACCUAGAAAAGGCAUGCGGGAUAGCUGGUGAUAAUAUCUGGGAAGGAGUGUAUCAAUUAGUUUUACAAUAUGACAGACACACGAAGAAGAGUAAAAUUAUAUGCGCUUAAUGCAGAUAGACAGUGGGAUGAUCGUGGAACUGGUCAUGUAUCAUCUUCCUAUGUAGAUAGAUUAAAGGGGAUUUCUCUGUUGGUAAGAGCAGAAAGCGAUGGCUCUGUUUUAUUGGAGAGUAGAAUACAACCUGAUACAGCAUAUCAGAAACAACAGGACACACUAAUAGUAUGGUCAGAAGGAGACAAUUUUGACUUAGCCUUAAGUUUUCAAGAGAAGGCUGGCUGUGACGAGAUAUGGGAGAAGAUUUGUCAGGUGCAAGGCAAGGAUCCAUCAGUAGAAAUUACUCAAGAUAUCGUAGAGGAAUCUGAAGAUGAACGGUUCGAUGAUAUGUCAGACGCGGCACCACCAAUUGAAUUACCUCCGUGCGAACUUAGCCGAUUGGAAGAUAUUAAUGAGCUCAUAGAGAAUUGUUUAACCUCACCGAUGAGAAAAGAAAAGUUAGCUGUCGCGUUGGAAUCUGAGGGUUACAUUAAGAAAUUGCUAAAUCUCUUUCACACAUGCGAAGAUUUGGAGAAUAUCGAGGGAUUACAUCAUCUUUAUGAUAUAUUCAAAAAUAUUUUCUUACUCAAUAAAAAUGCAUUGUUCGAAGUUAUGUUCAGCGACGACACGAUUUUCGACGUUGUUGGAUGUUUAGAAUACGAGCCGACGUUAUCUCAGCCAAAGAGGCAUAGAGAAUACCUUCGACAAUUAGCCAGAUUUAAGCAAGCAAUCCCCAUCACAAACGCCGAACUAUUAGCUAAAAUCCAUCAAACAUACAGAGUUCAGUACAUUCAAGACGUAGUGCUGCCAACCCCGAGUGUAUUCGAAGAUAAUAUGCUGAGUACACUGAGUAGUUUUAUAUUUUUCAAUAAGGUUGAGAUAGUGACUUUGAUACAAGACGAUGAAAAGUUUCUUACCGAACUUUUUCGCCAAUUAACAGACGAUGCGACAUUAGAUAGCAAGAGGCGCGACUUGGUUCUCUUUUUGAAGGAAUUUUGUAACUUUUCUCAGAAUCUUCAGCCGCAAGGAAAAGAAGGAUUUUAUAAAACAUUAACAGCGCUUGGUAUACUCCCCGCUCUAGAAAUUACCUUGGCAAUAAACGACGCGCAGACGAAAACGGCCAGUAUAGACAUACUGACUUACAUCGUCGAGUACUCUCCGAGCGUUGUACGGGAUUAUACGUUACAACAGAUAAAUAGCACGGAUCAGAACCAAAUGUUAAUCAACGUAAUAGUUGCUCAACUUGUCGGAGACAGCGAUCCUGAGUUAGGUGGGGCGGUACAGUUGGCCGGUGUAUUGCGUUUACUUCUGGAUCCGGAGAACAUGUUGGCUUCUGUUAAUAAAACAGAAAAGACUGAUUUCCUAAAUUACUUUUACAAGAAUAGUAUUGUUACUCUGAUAGCGCCUCUCCUAGCGAACACGAUCGGAGAACAACCUGCGAGAGAGGAUUAUAGAACAGUACAACUCUUGGGGCUGAUUCUGGAACUGUUGUCAUUCUGUGUGGAACAUCACACGUAUCACAUCAAGAAUUGCAUAUUGAACAAAGACCUACUCAGAAGAAUACUGGUUUUAAUGAAAUCAACACACACAUUUUUAGUGUUAUGCGCAUUAAGGUUUAUGAGGAAGAUUAUAGCUUUGAAGGACGAAUUUUAUAAUAGGUACAUAAUCAAGGGUAAUCUCUUUGCACCUGUAUUCGAUGCAUUUGUAAGGAACAAUGGCAGAUACAAUCUUCUAGAUUCAGCUAUAUUAGAGAUGUUUGAGUUUAUUAAGUUGGAGGACAUAAAGUCGCUCUGUUCACACGUUGUCGAGAACUUUUCGAAGGAACUCGAAGCGAUUGAUUACGUACAAACAUUUAAGGCAUUGAAAUUGAGAUACGAACAACAUCAGGACAAGCUGAAAGAUCGUGACAGAACCGCCAUUGACAGUGUACCAUCAAUCUUGCGGAACAGUCGAUACCGCAGAGAUCAGAGGCAGUUAGACGAAGAGGAAGAGCUGUGGUUUAACGAGGAGGAAGAAUUCGACGAGGGCGAAGCGGUGGUACCUGCAGCGGCAGCAACAGCUGAUCUCGUAUCGCCAGCUUCCACCAAGAAGCAAUCAUCCUCUUCGAAUUCCACGCUCAAUCCUGCACUCGCAGAUUCAAAGAGUCAUCAACAACAGCAGCAGCAGCAGCAGUCCGUGUUAAACAACAAUACUUCCAACAACAACAUUACCUCGCAGCAACCGCAAAUCAACAAUAGCUCGUCUACAACGAACGAGUCACCUAUCGCUUCGGAUAUAACUCCCAAUUCGGCUAUCGGUACCGUAGAAAAAACGGGUACAGCACUAUUCAAAAAGGGGUUAGUCGACUACGAAGGAGAUUCGGAUGAGGAGGAUGAGGAUUCGGAAUUAAGUCCCUCCCCAAAGCGACAACGAUUGUCAUAGUAGGCGAAUUUUGGGAAGAAUAAGAUGUGAUUCUUAAUCUUAUAAUUUCUGAUCUUUCUGUGUGUAAAAAAUACAAGCAGAUCUAUCCUCAUCAAUGUUGGAAGUGACACGGAUGGAGCUUUCUCUCUAAGAAACGAACACAACACACAACAAGUGCUUUUAAGAAAAAAAAAAAAAUUAUGCGGUGGACAUUAAUUCUGUUUUUGUGUUGAUUUGUGUAUAGUAAACAAAAUAUAAAGUAGGGCCUGAAUAUACAAAUUAUAACAAGAAUUGUUCGUGAACUUGGAUUGUUUAAUUCGGUGAGCUGAACUUCGGUUGAAUAUUAUCGUACAUAAAACAAAAGGAUACAUACAGCAUGCAGACGGUUGAAUCGACGAAGUUAAAAUAAGAGUUGUAACAUGGAAAACGAAACACUUGUAUCUCGUCGGUUCAAACGUCUGUCAAUCGUGCUCUUGCAUUUGAGUAAGUUUCUGUAUGACAUCAUUCGAUCCGCACUGAUGCGUCGUUCGACCGAAUUCGCUAUAAUAUUUGAGUGUGUGUCGGCAAAAGAAUGAGAGAAGAAUGGAUUUUCUUCAACUGAAACGGGUGAACAGUGGUUUAAUGUGGUAUUGCAAUGUGCAACGCAAUAUGAUGUGACCGUGUGCUAUGUAAUACAUAAGAGAGUAAAAGAUAUUAAGCGAAUCACAGUCCAUUCCACAUAUUUGGAAACGAGCGUCAUAUUAGGAUUAACCGAUAUCGCGGAUAAUCGAGGCGUUCGAGGCAAGAGCGAAGAAAGCGAGUAACUUGAGGAUCGGUAAUUUGCAUAUAUACACACACACACACACAUAUAUAUAUAUAUAUUUCCUUUAAUACGAUGUCGUAUUUAUUGUGAAUUUUUAUUGAAAAAAAAAAAAGAAAAUCAAUCGGUUGAGAUGUACUCUCGACAAUUUUAACGCUCAGUUAUCUCGCUCUUUCUACCUCCAACGCCCCAAGUAUACGCAUCUAUUUCAUUUCAGGAACAGAUUUAAUCAUGGACUUACUUCGCUCUACGUGUAGACUUCGAAAAGGUCUAUGCCAAACCUAGUUAAACCUAGUGGCUCUUACAGAUACGGAGAGAGAUCUAAGUUUAGAAAUAUACACUAUGAUCAACUGCACGGUCGCAGUUGUCUGUGUGUUAGGUCCAGCAAGAAGGAACUUAUUAGAGCAUACGCAAUGUAAGAUCAGAUUUUGAAUGAGAGAGUACUUGAAGUACCGCACAAAAGUAAAGGAUGAAGAAGAAAGGACAACCGAGCGUUUUAAUUUUGCCAUUCGUAAGUUUCUUAUCUCUUGCUGCGCGAUAGAUGGAACCUGUUUUCUCCGCGAAGGUUCAUGAAACCUUAUGUAGGUCAUCAGAAGUAGUAUUUAGUUUGUAUAUAUAUGUAUAUUUGUAACGAUUAUAAGACAUACACACAUACACAUUCUUGGAUUAAGCAGAAACACGCAGUUUCUUCAUUAAGAAUUCGGUCCUUUUUUGAGAUACUUUCAACAAGCUUUUCGGUUGUCAAUGUAAUUAGUAGUAAUUGUACAAUAAAUAUUUGAUUUAUGUAUAUUCACCAGUCUGCACUUCAUGCCCAAUGUUAAUCCUUGAUGUGUAUAAAGUAUAACCCGGAAUGAAUGUAUUAUGCAAUUGUCUAUCAUUAGGCUUAAAGACACGUUGUUCGUAUGAAUAAUUCACAUUUACUUGGGCAGAAUGGAGCCAGAGAUUGUAGGAAAGCGCUUUGUAAAAAAGGAAAAAAAAAAGAAAAAAACA